GAAAAGGCCUUGUCAAAGAGCGGUUUUCCCGGGGACAUGGUAAGAGAUUCACGUAACGGUAAUACCAGAAACUAGAAAGACAUUUUCAGAACAAAAGAUAAGGCGCAAAAGAAAAAGAGGAUCAGAGACACACAGAAACAGAGAAAGAAAAUGGCAAGCAACAAUGGAGGAGGAGGAAAGGAAGAGAGAAGAAGAAGAAUUGCAGAGAGAGGAUCAGAUCGCAUGGCCUUAAUCACGGGUCGGAUCAAUGCACUUCCACCAACACCACCCACUACGACGUCGUCCCACCACCCUGCUCGUCAUGCACAAUCCAUGUCAGUUUCUGCGUUUGAUUCCCAUUCAGACAAUCAUGAUCUUCCCCCUCGCCUUGUGCGCCCUCAUUCAUUGUCCUCCUCUGCAUUCAAUGUCGAAUACCAGGAAGAUCAAACUGGCGGGGCUGAAGAUAAACAUAAUGCAUCUAUUUCUUCCACAAGGUUAAAACAUCAGGGCGGAUUUAAGUACCCAAAGUUUGACAAUUUUGGCAACAACAGUGAAGUGGAGCCUCUAAUGGAGGAUUCUGAAUAUAUUUCAGAGGGCAAAACAGAUCCAUCUUCAGUCAUGUCAAGAGGCACAAAUACAAAGCAUCUAAAUAAACAAUGGCUGCAGAGGCAUACAUUUUUCUCUUCCAGAGAGCUGAAUGCCUCCAUCCUAGCUUCUGAGAGCACACGCGCACUUAGUUCUCUGAUAAUAGCAUUGCUGGUAGUUUUCUAUUACAUGAUUUCAGGGAGUGUUUUGGCCUCAAGGCCUCUUUGCGUGGUCUUGUUGACUAGUGUUACAAUUGUGAUUGGUCGCGUGUAUCGGGAAAAGGCAAGGGUCUUGAAAGAAAUGGAGGAAGAACUCGUUGAGGCUCAUGGAGAUGGACAUAGCUGGGGAGAUGCAGUGAAACUCUUGGAGAGAGGUCUGGUUGCAUACCAGGCCAUUCGAGGUGUUUUUAUUGAUUGCAGUAUUUAUCUAGUGGUUGUCAUAUGUUGCGUCACCUUGAUGUAGCUCUAGCAAGUUGAGUUCUACUAUUGCAAUAUAUCCUCAGUACCCUUUUGGGCAAGUAUCUAUAUGCUCCCAAAUAAUUUUGUUGUAAAUUCUUUAUUCGUUUUUGUAUCCCUGAGGACCACAGUUUAAGUUGAAUUAGGCAUAUCAUGAUUGUUAUCUUUCUAUCAAAUUAUUUGCUGAUAGAGCAGUGCUCAAAGUUUAUCCAAUUUGGACACUUGCAAUGGUGCUUCUGAA